UUCAUUCAACGCGAUCGCCACCACCACCAACUCCCCAUUUCAAAAGCCCUCCCAGCUGGGCAGCAGGCGGAGGCACCGCUUCGACGCGUCGUGCAGCAGCGGUGGCGGCCGUGUAGACCGCAGAAACAUGCUGCUUGGACUGGGUGGUCUAUACGGCCUCAUCCGCAAUGCUGAGGCGCUUCCGAUUGCGCCUCCCGACGUGAGCAAGUGCGAGCCCGGAGGCGCCUAUACAUUUAGAAACGGAGAGGUAAUAUCUCUAGACGUCAACUGCUGCCCGCCCUACGCCGACGUUCAGAGCGACUACAAGCUUCCGACGUUUACUAAGCCUCGCAUUAGGCCGGCGGCGCACAGGCUGACACCGGAAUACAUAGCCAAGUACGAGAGAGCCAUCCAGAAGAUGAAGGAUUUGGACGUGACGGACCCCGACGAUCCCCGCGGCUUCACUCAGCAGGCCAACGUCCAUUGCGCUUACUGCAACGGCCCCUACGACCAGGUCAACCACGAGGGCAUCGAUAUCCAGGUUCACAACUCAUGGGUCUUCUUCCCUUUCCACAGGUGGUACCUCUAUUUCUUCGAGAGGAUCAUGGGGGAACUCAUCGAAGAUCCCGAUUUCGCCCUGCCCUACUGGAACUGGGACAACCCUAGGGGCAUGCAGAUGCCCUCAAUGUUCGACAGGGAUGCAUCACCGCUCUACGACCUCAACCGAGACCAGAUGCAUCGGCCCCCUGCCGUCGUUGCUCUUGCCCUAACCAACCCCCCAAUUACCAAUCCUGUACAGAUCAUCUCCAACAAUCUCACUCAGAUGUACAAGGAAAUGAUUGGUGAUGUCGAAUCCCCCAUCGACUUCAUGGGUAAUCCUUACAGUGAUGGAGACUAUCCCCCAGAAGCCACCGAGGGAGGAUUGCCGGAGCGCGGCUCACACACCGGCGUCCACAUCUGGACCGGAAACCCCGAAAACGAUUUCAUCGAAGACAUGGGAAACUUCUACUCCGCGGCAAGAGACCCUCUCUUCUUCGCACAUCACGAUAAUAUCGAUAGAAUGUGGAUCAUAUGGAAAACAAUCCCAUCCGCUUUCCCCAAGGAUAUCAACGGCCCGGUCGUCCCCAACCCCGACGAUUUCAACGCCGCCGCCUUCAUGUUCUACGACGAGAAGAAGAACCUCGUGCGAGUUAAGGUCGCAGACUGCUUGGACCACACCAAAAUGGGAUACGAGUAUGAACAUAGCGAUACUCCAUGGACGACCUACCGGCCACCGCAGAGGGCGGUGCCGGUGAAUAUCGAAGAUCUCUCCAAGAAGGCAGAGAGAGGAGACCAAGUGUUCCCUCUCACUCUCACCAAGACUAUGAGGGUUUUGGUGCCAAAACCAACCAAAGGCAAAGCCGACGAAGUGCUCGUGCUGGAGAACAUAAUCAGCGAAAGGUCCAAGAUCGUGAGGUUUGACGUGUUCAUCAACGAUGAAGACGACAAGCCAGACGAGCUCGACAGGGCCGAGUAUGCCGGGGGCUUCACGCAGAUUCCGCACAAGGUUAGGGCUGCGGAAAGCGCCAACGUCCUUCGCUUGAACUUGAGGGAGCUCUAUGAGAACAUUAAUAUUGCUGAUGAUGAUUUCAUUGUGGUCACCAUCGUUCCCCACAUUAACGGUGGUGAUGUUACCAUCGGUGGUAUUAAGAUCAUCCCGCGUGUUACCAUUUGAUCUGCAUCAAUUAUUCAUGCCGACAAAAGCUUAGGGAUUUAAUUGCUAAUUCCCGAAACACAGAGGGAUUAUAGCAAUUACUUAAGUUUGCUUCUGUCAUUAUGAUUCUCAGCCGUUCGAGAUGAAUGGAUGAGAUUGCAAUUCAGCUGGUUAAGAGAGCCGAUGGAUUCUGUAAUCAAUUGAGAGAGAGAGAUAUGUGAGAAAAAAGAAUAGGGAGAGUAGUUACAGGUUCAAAGUAUAUCUAAAUGCCUGUAUAUUUU